ACCAGCUUAGGCCCAAUCUUUGUCAAAGCUAGCUCAGUUCUCGUGUAUAAAUUUGAGGCUAUUCUUCAAACAAAUCAUGAAAUCAACAAGAAAAACAAAUGGAAUACCAAGCUCAAUAGCCAAAGCUGUGAUGCCAGAGUCUUUGCGUUUUUACUUUAUCAAUCAAUAUCAACUCGGUCACACAUCCAUGGCUUUCUUACUUCAUUUUCUUGACCACAUAUUGAAUCAAUUAAGCUUUCUUUUCACACCCUCACAAAGAUCACUCGGCAAGCUAACCUUCCUGCAUGGAACAUUUAAAUUAUCCAUUCCUAAUAUGCACACAUUCUGCAUUCCAAUAUUAACAUCUUCUGUGUUCACAGUAUAUAUAGAUGAGCCCAUAUGGGAGUUCUCUGCAGCAAAACAAAUCAUUCUGCAUAAGAUCAAAGCACCUACAGAUCAAAUGGCACCUUUGGCUUUCCUUCUGCUAUUCCAUCUCCUUGGUUUUUCAGGUAUGUUUCUGAAAACAUAUUAAUCUAUCCCUAUGCAUGGAAUUUUCGCUUUUCGUGAGAAUGUACAUGUCAAUCAGGACCGAAAGCAGAAUUACUUUUGACUUUGCGGUUUUGGUUCACAACUUUGACAACCGAAAUAUGUCUUAUAACUUAGCUUGGAAUGUUACCCCUUGGUUAUCUAUGUUAUGUACUAAUGUAUAUUCAUCUUUUGAUGCAAGUAAUGAUCCUCGAUUUUUCUUUCCUCUUGACAGUUGCUGAGAUUUCGAGCAAAAUUGGCAUAAACUAUGGGCAGGUAGGGAACAAUUUGCCAUCUCCAAGCCGGUCCAUCGAGCACAUCAAAUCCAUGAAAAUAGGGCGUGUGAAGCUCUAUGAUGCCAACCCGGAAAUUUUAAGACUCCUAUCCGGAACCAAUAUCUCAGUCUCCAUCAUGGUCCCAAACAAUGAAAUCACUGGCAUUGCCUCAGACCAAUCCAAAGCAGAUGAAUGGGUCAGAAACAAUGUCCUCCCCUACUGCCCCAAAACCAUGAUCCGGUACCUCCUCGUAGGCAAUGAAAUCCUCAGCUAUUUCUCUGACCAAGAUCGCCAAAUAUGGCACGAUCUAGUCCCCGCCAUGACUAAAAUCAAGUACUCUCUCAAAGCCAAAAAUAUCACUAACAUCAAAAUAGGUACCCCAUUAGCAAUGGACGUGGUUCAAACGAGUUUCCCACCAUCAAGUGGCUCUUUCCGAUCCGAUAUCUCGGAAACAGUCAUGGUUCCCUUGCUCAGAUUCUUGAACCGGACCAAGUCAUUUUUCUUCACUGAUGUGUACCCUUUUUUCCCAUGGUCCUCAAACCCCAAAGACAUUAGCCUAGACUAUGCAUUAUUGAAAAACAAUAGUAACAACAGUACUCUACAGUAUACUGACCCAGGAAGUGGUUUGGUCUAUACCAAUCUUCUAGACCAAAUGCUUGACUCCUUGAUCUUCGCCAUGACCAAGCUUGGCUACCCGAACAUCCGGCUUUUGAUAGCGGAGACUGGGUGGCCAAACUCCAGCGGUGAGCAAAACCAACCGGGGGCUAAUGUACACAAUGCCGCCACAUAUAACCGAAAUUUGGUGCAAAAAAUUGUUACUAAGCCAACAAUUGGGACACCAGCGAGGCCUGGUGUGGUGAUACCAACCUUCAUAUUUGCAUUGUAUGAUGAAAAUCAGAAGGGUGGGCCUGGAACAGAGAGGCACUGGGGAUUGUUGAACGCUGAUGGAACUCCGGUUUAUGAUAUUGACUUGACGGGGAAGCGAUCGGCAAAUGACUACGAACCAUUGCCGGAGAAGAGGCACUUCAUAAAGGGAAUUCAUUACGACGACUGAUGUGGAAAUGUUAGUUAAAUUGUUCACUAUUUUG